UAUCAAAAACAAAUCGUGGCCGUUGAUUUGCAUCGUUGAGACACUAGGGUUUUACUAGUAUUUUAGCAGCAGCACCUUUCUUCUGCUCCCUCGUUUUUUUCCCCUCUGAAGCAGGCUCUGCUGCUACCCCCCGAGCAUCACCAAUGGCAUUUGCCAAAGCCCAAAAGUCGAGAGCUUACUACAAGCGUUUUCAAGUGAAAUUCAAGAGAAGACGAGAGGGCAAGACAGACUACAGGGCGAGGAUACGUCUUAUCAACCAGGACAAAAACAAAUACAACACUCCAAAAUACCGUUUUGUUAUGCGAUUUACUAACAAAGAUGUAACUGCACAAAUCAUACAUGCUAGCAUGGCCGGUGAUAUUGUUGUUGCAGCUGCCUAUUCCCAUGAGCUACCCCGCUACGGCCUUGAAGUGGGUCUCACAAAUUACGCAGCAGCUUACUGUACCGGGCUUCUCUUAGCCCGUCGAGUUCUGAAAAAGCUUGAGAUGGAUGAGGAGUAUGAAGGAAAUGUUGAGGCAACGGGAGAAGAUUAUUCUGUUGAACCAGCAGAUAGCAGAAGGCCUUUCCGUGCUCUCCUUGAUGUUGGUCUCGUGAGGACAACAACUGGGAAUCGUGUUUUUGGUGCUCUUAAGGGAGCUUUGGAUGGUGGACUUGAUAUUCCUCAUAGCGACAAGAGGUUUGCUGGAUUCAACAAGGAUGGAAAACAGCUUGAUGCUGAGGUUCACCGCAAGUACAUUUAUGGCGGUCAUGUUGCUGCGUAUAUGAGGAAUCUGAUGGAAGAUGAGCCAGAGAAAUAUCAGUCUCAUUUCAGUGAGUACAUUAAGAGAGGCAUUGAACCUGAUAACAUGGAGGAGUUGUACAAGAAGGUCCAUGCUGCUAUACGUGCGGACCCUACUGCAAAGAAGAGUGAGAAGCAACUUCCAAAGGAGCACAAGAGAUACAACCUGAAGAAGCUGACCUACGAGGAAAGAAAGGCCAAGUUGGUUGAAAGGUUGAAGGCUCUCAAUUCUGCUGCUGACGAUGAUGAAGAUGAUGAGUAAAUUCAGAAGGAAUUUAUGCUUAUCCAAACCUAAGACUUUGGUGGGUUUUUUAGUAAGAUGAGGAAUAGUUAUUUUCCAAUUUUAUCUUGGAUUGAUUAGGGCUGAUGCCAGCAACUUUUGUCAUGAUGAUCAACGAAAUGGAUGGCACUUUUUUGAGAAAA